AUGACAUACGUCGCGGAAAACUGGGUGAUCAACAAAAAAUACAAAAGUAAAAUACAGGCCACUGAAAUGGAAUACUGGAGGAGAAGUUGUAGAAUUUCGAGAAUAGACAAAGUAAGAAACGAGGAGAUCAGGCAGCGAAUGGGUGUCAAGAAAGAUACCUUAACAUUGAUUGAAGAAAAGAGAUUGAUAACAGAAUGGAGCCCCGUAGGUAGAAGGAAAAGGGGUAGACCCAGAAGAUCUUGGAGGGAUGAAGUAGAUGAAUCUAUGGAAAAAAGAGGUAUGAAUGGCAAGACAGAGAUGGAUGGAGGCGUAGGUUGA